ACACAGAGAGCAAAUUAUUCCCCUCAAUCGAACUUCCAAAAGCAGUUCAACAAUCGGAAUCGAGUUGCCACCAAAUUGCUCAAACCAGAGUGAUUGGAGAAUGGCCAGCAUUCCGUUGCUGCUGAUGGGCUGCGGCGGCGUCGGCCGCCAGCUCCUCCACCACGUCAUCUCUUGCCGCCCUCUCCACUCCCAACAGGGGGUGAGGCUAAGGGUGGUGGGAGUGUGUGAUAGUAAAUCUAUGGUGGCUAUACCGGAUGUUUUGACCUCCGAAUUCCGUGAUGAUUUUUUGCUGCAACUUUGCGUGAUUAAGUCCAACGGCUCUUCUUUCCUCGAUCUUACUAAAACUGGCGAAUGUCAAGUGUAUUCCGGUGAAGAAAUUGGGAGGAAAGUGAUUGAUGUUGCUACUGCUCUACGUAGUUCAAGUGGUCUGGCAUUAAUUGACUGCUCAGCGAGCUCUGAAACUACUGGGCUGCUGAGUCAAGUGAUUAACUUGGACGGCUGUGUGGUCUUGGCGAACAAGAAACCACUUACUUCUCCAUUGGAAUAUUAUGACAAGUUGGUCUCGCAGCCUCGACGCCUUAGACACGAGUCAACUGUUGGUGCAGGUCUUCCUGUCAUAGCAACUAUUAAUCGAAUGCUUUCAUCAGGAGAUCCUAUCAAUCGCAUCAUUGGAAGUUUGAGUGGUACCCUGGGCUAUGUGAUGAGUGAGGUUGAAGGCGGAAGACCCUUUAGCCAAGUUGUCACUUCUGCAAAAAAGCUUGGAUUCACUGAACCUGAUCCUCGGGAUGAUCUUGGCGGGAUGGAUGUCGCUAGAAAGGCACUGAUCCUUGCACGACUUCUUGGACAUCGUAUUGAGUUGGACAGUAUCAAGGUUGAAAGUUUGUAUCCAGAAAAAAUGGGACCUGCUAAUAUGCCCCUUGAUGAAUUUUUGGCAAAAGGCCUCCCCUUGCUUGAUGAAGCUAUCCAAAAACGCAUAGAAAGUGCUGCUUCAAAUGGAAAUGUUCUGCGCUAUGUUUGUCUGAUCGAAGAGUCUAGGUGUGAAGUUGGUUUGCAAGAAGUUUCAAAAGAUUCAGCCUUGGGUAGAUUGCAGGGUAGUGAUAAUGUGGUCGAGAUAUAUAGCCGCUGCUAUAGCAAACAACCACUGGUUAUUCAAGGUGCUGGAGCAGGCAACGACACUACUGCGGCGGGUGUCCUUGCUGAUAUCCUUGACAUACAGGACAUGUUUCGACACUCAACUUCUGCGGCUUGAUCACUGCCAAAUACAGUACCAGUGUCGAUUUUCUAGGGGAAAUUCAAAUUUUUAUGAUGCAGUUAAUAAAGGGUUUAUCGUUUCGCCUUAUCUGGCAUAGUAUUAUAGUAAUGGACGUUUUGAUGUAUUUGAUUACAAGGAUGGAUUGCUGGAAACUUUUUGUACUACUACGUAUUCAUUCAACUUCAA